CGUUUCUGCAGUUGUAAGGCUGAAGACUUUAAGUGACAAGUCCAGAGAAGUGAAAGUCAAAAGCAAACCCAGCAGGACGAGGUAUUUGCCAAAGUACUCUGCCGGACUUGAACUACUUAGCAGGUAUGAAGAUACCUGGGCUGCACUUCACAGAAGAGCCAAAGAGUGUGCCAGUGCUGGAGAGCUGGUGGAUAGCGAGGUGGUUAUGCUCUCUGUGCACUGGGAGAAGAAGAAGACGAGCCUGAUUGAGUUGCAGGAGCAGCUGCAGCAGCUUCCAGGUUUAGUAGCAGACUUGGAAUCCAUGACAGCAAAUCUGGCUCAUUUAGAGGCCAGUUUUGAGGAGGUAGAAAAUCACCUGCUUCAUCUGGAGGAUUUGUGUGAACAGUGUGAGUUAGAAAGAUGCAAACAUGUGCAGUCUCAGCACUUGGAGAAUUACAAGAAAAAUAAGAGGAAGGAGCUUGAAGCCUUCAAAGCUGAGCUGGAUGCGGAGCACGCGCAGAAGGUCCUGGAGAUGGAGCACGCCCAGCAGAUGAAGCUGAAGGAACGGCAGAAGUUCUUUGAGGAAGCCUUCCAGCAGGACAUGGAGCAGUACCUGUCUACGGGCUACCUGCAGAUCUCGGAGAGGCGAGAGCCCAUGGGCAGCAUGUCGUCCAUGGAAGUGAACGUGGACGUGUUGGAGCAGAUGGACCUCAUGGACAUCUCCGACCAGGAGGCCCUGGAUGUCUUUCUGAACUCGGGUGGCGAGGACAACACCAUGCCGUCCCCUGGCCUAGGACCUGACUCUGAAACCUGUCCGAAUGAGAUCACUCUUCAAGUUCCAAAUCCUCCAGAAUUACCUCCCAAGCCACCUUCCUCCCCAUCUGCCUGCAGCAACACUGCCACCCAGGAUGCCGAGGGUAGGGAUGGCCCCCUGGUCCAGGCAGAUGAGGAGGAGGUGCAGGUGGACACUGCCCUGGCCACCUUCCACACCAACAGCAAGGCCACUUCGGAUGUCAGUGGGGACAGCGACUCGAGUCAAGAUGUUUAAGUGGAUUGGCCUGGGUUUACGGUUGCCAGUGAUGGGUGAGAGAGGCCGAGAGAAGAACGCACAAUAAAGCUUGAGGACUCUAAACCCA